UGACGUCAGGGGCAGGUUUUCUUGCUUUGUUUGUCCAGAGCUGUUUGGGCUUGAGACCAACGAGCCGCGGACCAGGAAUACACGGAAUCUGCGCUUUUAUUCUCCAUUAUACACCAGGGACAGAAGAGGAUAUUCAUAGAGUAAUAACUGUGUAAUUACACACAGCGAUGCCGUCCGACAGACCCUUCAAACAAAGGAGGACAUUUGCUGACCGGUGCAAGGAGGUCCAGCAAAUCCGGGAGCAGCACCCAAAUAAAAUCCCUGUAAUUAUUGAGAGAUAUAAGGGGGAGAAGCAACUUCCAGUUCUGGACAAGACAAAGUUUUUGGUACCAGACCAUGUCAACAUGAGUGAGCUUGUCAAGAUCAUCAGACGCCGUCUGCAGCUGAACCCCACUCAGGCUUUCUUCUUACUGGUGAACCAGCACAGCAUGGUGUCUGUGUCAACUCCAAUCUCUGAGAUUUACGAGCAGGAGCGUGACGAGGACGGCUUCCUCUACAUGGUCUACGCCUCGCAGGAGACCUUUGGGUGCUAGAGAGGAGUAAUGAUCAAGGGUGGGGUCUGGAGGAGACAUCAGGGGCUGGGGGCAUAAAACCACCACAUGUCGUGAUCCUGUACACUGUGCUCCAUUGACCCACAUUAGCUUUCCCCAUUGAGUUAAGGCCUGUACCCACUUAGCAUUGGUCAGUAAGUACAACUGAAUAACACUAGAGGACGUUCUGAUGGAUCAUGUGCGUCAGUUUGAGUUAUUCUUAUGCUUUUUGUUUCAUUUUGCACUAAAUUCUCCAGUUCACUUAAUUUACAAGCUAGGCAUAAAAAACAUCACAGCUUAGCAACUGAGCACAUUAUGAAGUGCAAACAAAUCCAUCACAACAGAACAGUUUCAGUGACUUUUUAUUACCACAACUCUAAUACCAGGCGAGAUCUGUAGGUAGUUGUUUUAUCAUGUGUAUACUUUUUUUUCUUUUGAGUUAUUACUGUAGAUUUAGUUGAGUUUGUUCUCAUUUUCAGUAUAAUUUUACAUUUUGUCAGCCUGAAGUCUAGUAUUUGCUUCACUGACAAUCAGGCUUUGAAAGAAUUACCUUAAUCCUGAUUUAUUUGUGUUCAUUUGUGUGCAAUAUUUGUCCCCACACACGUAGGGAUGAGACGAUAUUCAAAUUUAGACUCACGAUUAUUUUGACCAAAAUAAUCACAAUUAAUGAUAUUAUCACAAUAAUUAUUUAACCAAGGUUUAUAGUUUUUUUAAAAGUUACUAAAACAUCAAUUACCAGACAGUUAGCAGGCGUCUGAGCGAUCACCUUUGUUGCUUUUUUUGGUGAAAUUAACAAUGUUUAAAUAAUAAAUAUGUCAAUUAUAUAACUCUUGACUAUAAAAAACACAUGAACCAAUCUGAGAAAGCCCCAGAAAAAGGACACAAAAAAGGACACGAUAAAGGACAUGAUAAAAGACAUGAUAAAGGACAUGCUGCAUCAGGCAUCAGUUGUGCAAAAGGCUGUUAAGCUAGCACUAACCUAGCGAUAGCAAAGUCGACACAAACACGUACCAUUAUUCACACAAAUCCAAACUAACACAAACUACAUCAAUAGUUUAUUUCUCUUGGUGUGUUUCUUAUGAUGGAUAUUUUCGGCUCGGUUUGUCAAACGAUGCAGAUGGUUGUGUCGUAAAUGUGCGUCUGUAAAGAAACGUAUUUUUUUUUCCUUCAGCCUCUGCAGAUCGGUGGCUCAUCUUGUUGGUCUUGUUUUUAAUAUCCAUAAUAAUUCCACACAUCAAACUUCACCUUCUUUCUGGUGCCGUAAAGGCGAUUAUAAUCAUGUGCAAUGAUCAAAAUUAUUUAAAAAUUCCACAAACGAUUAAUUGUGGACCUUUUUGAUCGCAAUUAGCGAUAUUAUAAUAUAUCGUCCCAUCCCUACACACACCUCAACAGGUCCAAACACACUAUGUUGUUGUCAUAGUCGACCUGUUCAAAGCCACCCCCUUUAACUAGUAAAUUAAAAACUGCUCUGUCAUAAUAAAGGGACAUUAGGAUUAGCUCCUUUAGCCAAAUGCUGCUGCACAUUACCAUGCAGUUCAUGUAUAUUUAGCCUUUUGAGCACAAAUCACCUUAUCGCCACUUGUUGGCCACACAUGCACACACCACCACUCAUACUGUUAUGCUCAACCAUAAGAAAGUUGUUUAUACUGAAAGCGAUGAGGAUCACACGUUGAUGUUUUGGAAAUGACAUAUUUUUCAUUUUUAGCUGUUGUUUUCUGCCGUGCUGUUGUUAACACAUUUACAUGUUUAAAUGAUUACACUAUAUAGAGGAGGCAUCUCUCCCCAAACUGUAGUGGAGCUUUCCAUCUGAGUGGAGGUGCUUUCAAAUAUCUGCUCUUUGCACUGUGAGCCCCACUUCUCUCCCAUCUGUGUUUGAGAGCUUGUACGAUGGCUAUGUGUGUGUGUUAGCAUAGAACAUUAGACAUAAUACAAUGUAUUUACUGUAGAAAAUGAAUGAGCUUCUUUUGCACAUAAAUUAAUAAAAAGGGGCAUGGGGUCGACAUGUUUUUCUUUUUCAAAUUACGGUAUGUUCAGUAAAAUUGUUUUUUCUUCCACCACAUCUACUUUGUUUGAAAGACUUUAUAUAAAAUGCAGGUUGCAAUGCACUACAAAUUUAGCAGAUUUUUUUUUUUUACUGUGUGCUAUAGAUUUAACCAUGUUGUUUGUUUUUCUUAGUUUUUAUAGAUUCCCCAUACCAAAAACUGAAAAUAAGUGUGUUUGAAAUUGUGUAUAAAGGAUCCUAUAAUCAAGCUGUGUUACAAAUUGUCUUAGGCUUCUUAUACUGUCACACUUUGAAAGUGUUCUGUAUAUACAGUAGAUGCAUUGCUACUUUAUUCAAAGCAUUUGCCAAUAAAAAAGUUGCCUUUAAAAA